AUGUCGUCUCCCAGGCAAGUAUCGCCAUGGCAAUCCAUCCUCGCUGGUGGCGUUGCCGGUGGGCUUGAGAGCCUAAUCACUUAUCCUACAGAAUAUUUGAAGACUCGUCAGCAGCUUUCCCAAACAGGUGCCGCUAAACGACAAUCCGCUGCACAAUUGCUUACUGCCACAAUCCGACAAUAUGGCCUUCGGACACUUUACACGGGUAGCGGAGUCUUUUGUGCAUCAAAUGCAUCUAAAUCUGCGAUCCGCUUCUUCACCUUCGACACUAUACGCCGCUCUAUGCCUACAGAGGUGUCGGGCAAAGUGACGCCGUUGGGGAAUAUGGGUGCUGGUCUCAUGGCUGGCGUUGCCGAGGCAAUUAUUGUCGUUACACCUGGAGAGACCAUCAAGACGAAAAUGAUCGAUGACCGUGCCGGGCCCAGGUUGUAUAGAUCCACUGGUCAUGGCAUCGUCUCCAUCUUCGCUCGCGAUGGCUUGGCUGGGUUAUACUGUGGAGUGGUUCCAGUCACCCUGAAACAGUCUGCCAACUGUAUGGUGCGUUUUACAAGUUACGAUAUCUUUGUGGGUUGGAUGGAAGCCCUGCCAGUCACUACUAGUGUACACAAAUCCGUCAGCACUUUGGUGGCAGGCGCACUUGCUGGCAUCGUGACUGUAUAUGCAACGAUGCCAUUUGACUCAAUCAAAACACGGCUUCAGGCAGUAGACGGAAACCAGAGGUAUCGGGGCUCUGUGGAUUGUUUCCGUACGGUAAUAACGCAGGAAGGUGUUUCUGCAUUGUGGCGGGGAACAACGCCGCGAUUAGUUCGGCUGAGCGUUUCGGGCGCUUUGGGUUUCUCCAUUUACGAGUAUGUUAUUCAGUGGACGACUGUAUUGGCUUCUGGAGCAGCAACAGAACGCGAGAGAACGGGCUUAUAG